AUGUCCAUUGGUAAAUGGCUACAUGCUGCUAGGAAUGGUGAUUAUGGCGAAGAAAGCGAUAUCAACAUCGACCAGAAUCACAACGGCAAUACAAAGCAUCAUUCUUGCAACAGAAUGAUGUGGACUACUGUGAUGCUACUCAUUGUGACAAUACUGAUGAUGGUCGUAAUGAUUCCUCAUCGAAUUUCAUCGAACAGGUUGUCCAAAGCUGGAAUAUCCAAAGGUGACAGGGUUGUCAAGAACACGGCGGUUGAUGACGAUAGGACUAUCAUCCACCAGUCGUCACUGUAUUCUGCGAAGGAAGAGUCGAUUUGCGGUUCCCUCGACAAGAACAUGCCAUUAUUACUUUCCAUCCUACGAGGGGGAAAACUUCCGAUACUUGAAAACGACAUCAACAAGGAGGAUAACUCGCAAUCCGCUGCUACUAUCACCGACCGGUAUGGGUAUCUCGUGCCCUUUCGUUCGGAACAACGAUUCCCCCAAUUGAAGACUCUCAAUAAUGGCACUACCACCGUGUCAAAGAAUGACAAGCCAUUAGUCGUUCCAGGAUUCAACCAUGAUCUCAUCAUGCGCGCCUUUGUGGGAAAGAGGAUCUACUUUAUUGGUGAUUCGACCAGUCGCAUAUUGUUUGUGGCACUCCGGCGGCUUCUGAUGGUGGUUCAUGAAAGCAGUAGCGCGGAAUCAUCCUCCUCCGGUUUGACUUAUGGCCGAUGGAUUCGAAACAUGACGGAGGAAUUUGAAGAGUCCAAGCAUCAAUGGAAACGAACAGGCUUAACCCCGUACCUGUUUGAAAAAGACGGAACCUACUUGGAACUUUUCGAUGUCAAUCCGCUAUACUUCGCACCGGCACGGCAGAAUCGCAAGGGGCACCAUACUAACAGUACCAGGGUCAGUAUGCAGAAGGAUUUUCUAGAAAUGCUCAAGACAAAGCUGAUCAAGCCAGAUGUCAUCAUUUUCAAUGCGGGGAUGCAUUUGCUGCACCUGACUCCCAUGCGGGCAUUGAAAUACGAAACCUACGCCAGUUGGGUCCAUUACGAAUCAUCUUUGUUGGACCAGCUGCUCCAAGUAGGCUUAAAUUCUGGUGCGUCUGCCUUGAUCGCCAAGUCCACCAACCGAAUUUGCGACCAAUUUUUUCCGAAUGACAUGAAACGAUACGUCAAACAAUACUACCGAGUCAGACCCGAAUGGAAGGAAUGCUUAGACUUUAUUAAGUCACAAGAGAAAAACGAGCUGCAAAAAAAGGUAGACAAAGAAGAAAACUUUACGGUUCUUUCCCAGUCACAAAAAGAAGAUGUAUGCAAGUUUGGCGUUUUUGAUGAGAGUGGUGCAUCCUAUUUGAACGAACGGAUGCACCAGUGGGUGAAUCAUACACAAUUUGACAGGGCAGAAGAAUUGGCUCUGGAUGACGAUAGUAGUGGAAGAAACUCUCCGCAAAGUACUACCAAAGCGAGUAGUUCACGGAGUCUGCUACAGUAUUUCAAUGAUCAUGACAUUGAGUCUUGCAAUUUCACAGAGGCACGGGACGGAAGGCACUACCCGAAACUCUCCUUUGUGAGAUUGCAUCUGUUGGCAAUCCUAUUGGACUGUAUACUGCCUAGGUGA